CAUCGUGAACCUUUUUUUUUGUUUAAUAUUUUUAUUUGUUUUCGCCAUCUACCGCAUUGGAUUCUACAAUUCCGCUUAUUUGUUAUACAAUUUACGAGACAAUUUCCUUUUUCAUUAGUUUGGACUCAUGCACGUCAAUAAUCUGAAUAAAAUUGCAUCGCAAAAAUAACUAGCAACAGCUCCGAACUCCAGCGGAAAGCCAUGUCUAAAGCAGCCGGGCGCUUAAAAACGCUGAAAAAAGUGGUGGACAAGGUAGACCACAGCAGUAAGCUGCGUACGAACAUUCCUGCUGGAAUGGCCGUUGCCGGUCCCCCACUGGGUCCAAUGCUAGGUCAGCGAGGCAUCAAUAUUGCCGCAUUUUGCAAGGACUUCAACGAACGCACCAAAGAUUACAAGGAGGGUAUCCCACUGCCGUGUCGUGUUGCAGUCACAUCGGAUCGUUCGUACGAGCUGACCAUACACGCACCACCGUCGACUUUUCUGCUGAAACAAGCCGCUGGAAUUCAGCGCGGUGCAAUGUAUCCGGGUAAAGAAACGGCUGGCAAAAUCACUCGCAAGCAUCUUUUCGAAAUAGCUCAAAUUAAGCUGAAGGAUCCACCAAAUGCACUGCUUACACUGCAGCAAAUGUGUAAUUCUCUAGUGGGGGUAGCGCGGACGUGUGGAAUUGAAAUCGUUAAUGAGUUGGACGCGGCUGAAUAUCAGCAGUUUUUAGAGGAACGCAGGCAAGUGGUCGAGGAACAGCGACGAGAGCUGCAGGAAAAACGAGAAGCUAAAAUGCUUCGGAUGGCUUAGGAAUACAGUAAUCUUUUAUAUUAGCUGCUAAUAGAUUUGUCUUAGUUUACCAAA